CUAGAAAACUGCAUAUUGGAUUGUAGUGGUAUUGACAUUAUGAACAUGGUAUGAGCUCUGAGCAAGACUCUUUUGUUCGUUCUUUGCAAAAACACUUGAAAUUCUAGAAUCUUGCUGAAAAUUUGAAAGAUGUUUCGUGCAUCCUGUUCAUUCGUCUCGCGCUUGCUGCUUUUCUCAGCGGCGGUUACUCCUGCCCGUGCAGCAUCGCCUGUCGCCGCUCGGGAGGUCAUGCCGACGGUUGGCGCAAGGCCACGGGAGACUCCGCAGAAGCUGUCAGUGGAAGUGCGUACAGUUGCGGGAAAUGUGCUCCUUUAUUCGCCGGAUUUCGUUGUGCACGAGCUGCAAGACAAUAGCUCCUGGCUAUCAAGCUUUCGGGAGUUGCAACUCGGUGUGCUUCAUUAUGGUCUGUGGCUUAGGUACGUGAGCUUCGCGCAAUCAUUUUGCAAUUAGAUAUCCCCAGACGAAAGGGGUAGGAGACCCAUGAUAGGGAACCUCAAGAAAAAAUAUGGGGGAAUACAGUAUGGAUAUUCAGGGAUGGCACCUACUUUGCCAGAACGUUGUUUCGGCAGAUUGGAUUUAAAAGCAACGAGGUUACAACGACUAGCAAUUACCAAGAACAUGGACUAGACCGCAUCUUCUAACGGCUUCGGUGGAAAAGGAUCACAGGGAAGCAAUGCAUGCGGUCCCCGAAAUUCACGACUUCAGAAUUCGGGCCUGUCGUCAUCGUGAAUACAUGGACCAGCUUCCGCGUGGUGGUCUUAAAUGCAGUGAAGCAGCCUGCAGGCAGAAGUAAGAUGUCAGAGGAUGGUGCACGUGGAAAGAUGACACCAUCACAACUCGAUAAGAGCAGUAAAGAUAUCGACAUAGGGCUGGGCGACGGCAGGUUGUUGCCACCAGAAAUCUCACCUGAACAACGAGACCGCAGCAGAAGAAAUUAUUGUGAAUCCCCGGCAUUUCUAGGGACCCCAACGCAGGACCAAGACGCACCUUGUAGCGAGUCUGAUGAACAACCUGCACUUGACAAGCAAGAAUCGUUAGGAGAUCACUCUAAAAAGGAAAACGUGCAAUUGCUCACGCUGACAGCGGUAUUCGAGUGCCCGAGGAGGUGUCACUCGAGCGGCGAAAAGGAUUCGGACACAAGUGCCCACCACACCACGUCGACAACCAGAAAUACCUUGUCCCUUUCCGGUGCACCACAAAAGCGGCCACUAGCAGGACAGGGCAGUGAGGAUCCGGGCGACAGAAGCUGUAGCGAGUCCUUCACAACUGUACUUGAUGAAAUCAAAUACAUUGAUGUGUACGGCUCAAAUCAUACAGGAAUUCAGGUCCGGAGUGACUCCGGACUUAUGGUCAGUCGUUCGGUUUUUAGAAUCGAAGACUUGAAUUGGGAGACGGCGUUUCGCACCUUGCGGUUGCCCGAUAUAGAAACCGACUUAAUCAUGGCGGAGCGUGGCGCUGUUCAAAUCAGCGAAGACUUGUUGAAUUCAUCCUCCAGGAGAACUGGUUGCAAUCCUGAUUCGGACCUUCAUACACAAAGUAGGAAGGAAGGGCUACACGGUCAUGCAUGGCAAUAUCUCCAUGCUCCUGAGGAGACCUCGUCCGCGCAGAGUGUGGCCGAAUCAUCUCCAUCAUCAUUAAGAGUCAUCAAACUACAUUCACUAAGACCAUGAUUAGUCGUGUUUUCAGUAUUAUAAGGAGGCGGCUCAGAUUGGAGAUCCAAAAAUUUAGCUAGCUCGCUGUCUGAGAGUUUGUCACUUUUUGAGUGGCGAUAUGUUCUGGUGUAACCUUUAACUUCAGAGGAUGGCGGAAAAACAAAAAGCAGCGAGGAGUUCGCGCGCGAGUUCGCUAGUCUUACAACGUGGAGGCUGGAGAUAUUGCCAGGCAUACGAGAUUCUUCGGACUCCGUUGUAGCAUCCGCGGAGGAUAAUCCUUCAAGCUGGCGGAAGUCUUUUAACUUGGAUCAUUAUUAUGGUGCAUGUUUCCGUACAAGCAAUGGCAUCUCCGGGGUAGUCCGUUAUCUCGAAAGGCAACUGACCCUCCUGAGGGAAAAUAACCUUCAUCGAGAUGGCGCCUGAUAAGGCCGAGUGUCAUGGGUUUUCAUAAUGUGACCCUCCGACUGCUCAUCAUAAUGUUGUUGACACAACUUCUACUUGUUGUAGUCUCUAACGUUUCCCGGAACCCAUCGUGUUCGAGAUGACCUCGCUGGAGGAUAAGCGGCAGUUCCUGUACGACGAGCUCGUUGGGACCUUUCCGUUUCUUUCUUGGAACAAUCAGUGUCGUAUUAUGACCCUAUCCAACACCGAAGGGGGAACUCGCGUGCGAACGUGGUACGCUGAGUUUUCUCUCAAUUUCAAGCGCGACGUGGACAUUCAGUGGCCCGCAAGUUAUCCAGUAUACUACAUUCGGCGCGAAGCGUUUUGAGGUCUAACCGCUUGCUGUCGUUCGUUCUGCAGUGAAAUUAUAUGCUUGUACUUGGCGAUAUCGGUGACGUGGCAUUUCAAAAUGUACUUGCACAACUUCAAGGAGUCGAGUCGAGCAUCGUGAAGUUUACUCUGAUCAUCAUUACCAUUACUGAAGAUACCGUUGCAAGAAACGACGGGCCGUUCUAUAAUGGAGUCCUGCCUAUAUCACUCCUUGCCGUAGAAGAAGGUCUGGACAGAUAGUGAGAAGCGUAUGUUUUUACUGCAUCAAAAUUAUUCGGUUACUGAACGACUGCAACAUGUUCGAUUAGGAAACACGUGAAAAGGAUAGCGCGAUAAUCUAAUUACCACUGAGGGAAUGUGUUAAUCAGGCUGUUAGCCAUGAGGCCUUUACCUAUGAGAACGCAAUUCAUUUUUAUCACUGAAUGGGUUCGACAUUCUGCUUCUGCAUGCAUUACAUACGUCGAAAGUGACUUAAAUUUUGAAGCAGCUGCAUGCGUAGUUCAGCUAGAGGUGGAACAACGAAAUGCAGAAUUUGAAAAUAUGCAAAAUGAUGGAUUUUCUAGCAUCUCCUCCUAAUAUCAUCCUCGACUGUGAAGAUCAUGCAUUUGAUUCGCAAAUUUUAGUUUAUUUUUUUAUUCCCCAUACGGUUACAGUUACAGUUACAGAAGGUCCAUAACCGUUGAUGUGCGUGUGAUCUCAUAUGCGAACAAACUUUCUGCGAAUAGAAAAUGAUGUUGUGUAU